AUGCAAACAUACAAUCCACUUCUUAUUUCAGAUACUAUUGCUAAAAUCAUCUCAAAUCUUCUGUUAGAGAAUCUAGAUAACUGUAUUCAAAUUAACCACACAUGGUAUAAAGAAAUUUGUCAUGAACUUUAUAAGAGACAUAAAAACUUUAAUACAAAAUACUAUGAUUUAUUGGAGAAACUAGACAGAUGCUAUAGAAAAUCAAAUAUAAAUGAUAAUAAAAUUGAGCUCAUAUAUAAUAAUGUAUUAACAAUAUUUGAUGAGCUCGUAAAAGUAGAAAG